AUGGCUUUGGAAUAUUUACAAUCAUUGGAUCGCAACGUGAUAUCCACUCCUUCGGAAUCAACUCCUAUUUACAAAGAUGACUGUAUGUUUUCUUUCGAGACGGCAUUCGACGAUAGUGGAUUGGACAUUUGCAUGAAUUGUUUCCAGUCUUUCUCUAGACUGGGAUUCAAUUACACCAAACAGCACUCUGAAUACUUCAAUCACAAAGUGUAUCUAAAUUACAGAAAGAUUGUGAAACACCAAAAUCUGAGACAAAGUGAACAGCCUCUCAAGAUGGUAAAGCUCGAAAUCAAAGAGCAAACAGAGAACGAUUUGUAUGACAUCAAAACUCAGAUAUACUGUUCAGAUAUCGAUGAGUCGAUUGACUUUCCCCGUGAAGAUAUUCCUGAUCACGUCAAAGAGUGCGCUAGUGCCAUUAUAGAGGCGACCUCAAAUGAUAAACAGCAAGAAAUCAAAGCUUGGGAACAAGAGAUUGUUCCUUGUCCCCACUCUUUUGAUAUCAAGCAAGGGAAGACCAAAGAUUUUGACCUCACUCAGUGUCAUGAAUGUGGCCUCAAGGAAAACUUAUGGAUCUGUUUAACUUGUGGUUCGUUGGGUUGUGGCAGGUCUCAGUUCGGUGGAGUUCCUGGAAAUUCACACGCUUUGAAACAUUACGAAUCUAAUCCUACGCACCAUAUUGCAGUGAAGUUGGGAUCGCUAUCGCUGAACUCUGCUGAUUCAUACUGCUACACCUGCAAUGACGAUGUGAAGGUUCCGGACCUGGUGAAUUUACUUGGCACCUUUGGGAUCAAGAUCUCGGAAACAGUGAAGACGGAAAAGACAUUAACAGAGCUCCAAAUUGAACAGAAUGUCAAAUGGGAUUUCAACAUGUCAGACGAAAAUGGAGAAUCUUUGAUUCCUGUGUUUGGAGAAGGGCUGACCGGACUCAAGAAUCUAGGAAACUCUUGUUAUCUUUCCUCUGUGGUACAAGUUCUAUUUUCGAUCUCCGAGUUUGGUUCGGCAUUUCACAUUGAGGAAGGGAUGCCAGUAGAAAAGAUUUUGAAUCCUGGAAAUCCUGCGCUUGACCUUGAAACUCAACUAUUCAAAUUGGGUGAUGGUCUCCUGUCAGGAAGGUAUUCCGUUCCUGACGAGGCAACAAGUGAAAGUGUCAAGUUUCAGAAAGGUAUUAGACCCCAGGGCUUCAAGACACUGAUAGGCGAAGGGCAUCCUGAAUUUUCCACAAUGCAGCAACAAGAUGCUUUCGAGUUCCUUCUUUUCCUUUUGGAGAAAAUAGAUUCUCAAAAGCUGACCGGAGUUUCCAACGUCUCUCCAACCCAAUUGUUUAAUUUCGUCGUUGAAAACAAGAUCAAAUGCCCUAAUUGCAGUGGUGUGAUUAUUGCAAAAGAAAUCACAAACAACAUCCGCGUACCAAUCGUGGAUAACGUUGUCGGUACAGAUGAGAACGGAAGGAAAUUAUACGAGCAAGUCACGUUGAAGGAAUCUUUACUCAACUGGAUAGCUGCUCAAGAUGUUGAAUACACUUGUCCUAAUUGUGACGGUUUGGUCAAGGCAACAAAAACAGAGGGAUUAACUGCCUUCCCUGAUUAUUUGAUCCUAAGUCCUCAGAGAAUCAAAUUGGACAACUGGGUUCCUGUCAAAUUAGAUGUUCCUAUCAAGUUUGAAGAGAUUUUAAGCUUAGACGACUGUGUUUCACCUGGCUUGCGGGAAGGGGAACACAUCAUUGAACAACAGGAUGCCAAAAACUCUUUCUUGUUUGAUGAGUCUGCAAUGAAUACUUUGUUAGGCAUGGGCUUUCCGGAGAACCGCUGCAAACGCGCUCUUUAUGCUACUGGAAAUAAGGAUGCAGAAGCUGCCAUGAACUGGUUAUUCGCUCAUAUGGAAGAUCCAGAUAUUGAUGAGCCGUUUGAUCCAUCAGCACAGUCCUCAUCCAAAUCGGAAUCAGAACAGGAAGUCCAAUCUCUGAUCUCAAUGGGCUUUACUGAAACUUUGUCAAGAAAGGCUCUGUUGAUGACCAAAGGGAACGUAGAGCUUGCUGUCGAAUGGUUGUUCUCUCAUCCGGAUGAUGAUGGAGUUCUGCCUGAGGUUGAAGCAGAUGAGUCGCCUGAAGAACAUAUCAAGAGACUCGAGGCCAACUCUCAACCUGGAGACAAUUACAUUUUGAAAGCCGUCGUUUGUCAUAAAGGAGCUUCGAUCCACUCCGGACAUUAUGUUGCAUUUAUCAAGGGAAAGGUUGAUGGAGUUCAAUCUUGGUUACUGUUCAAUGACGAAAAGGUUGUUAGGGCAACAGAAGAUAACCUCCGUGAAAUUGAAAAGUCAGGCUAUAUUUAUUUAUAUGAAAGACAGCAGUCGUGA